AUUGACGCGUUGAGUAAAAGAAGUAAAGAAGCAGAGGCAGCCUUCUUGAACGUGUACAAAAGAUUAAUCGAUGUCCCCGAUCCCGUGCCAGCACUAGACCUGGGCCAGCAGCUCCAGCUGAAGGUGCAGCGCAUGCACGACAUUGAGACCGAGAACCAGAAGCUGCGCGAGACGCUGGAGGAGUACAACAAGGAGUUCGCCGAGGUCAAGAGUCAGGAAGUCACAAUUAAAGCACUUAAAGAGAAGAUCCGGGAGUAUGAGCAGACACUGAAGGCCCAGGCAGAGACCCUCGCGCUUGAGAAGGAACAGCAGCUGCAAAACGACUAUGCAGAGAAGGAGAGGAAGCUGCAGGAGGCACAGGAGUCCCUGUCCUCCAGGUUGGAUGAGGCCGAACACAGAAGCCAGUCGCUACAGUCGGCACUGGACUCGACUCAGGCAGAGCUGUUUGAUCUAAAGUCAAAAUAUGAUGAAGAAACCACAGCAAAGGCUGAUGAGAUCGAGAUGGUUAUGACAGAUCUGGAGAGAGCCAACCAGAGAGCCGAGGUGGCUGAGAGAGAGGCCGAGGGCCUACGGGAGCAGCUGACGUCCGCUAACAAAUCCCUUCAGCUGGCCACGCAGAUCCAGAAGGCCCCUGAUGUGCAGGAGCAGGCACUGGAGGUGCUGACACGGUCCAGCCUGGAGGUGGAGCUCACAGCCAAGGACCGGGAGAUCGGGCAGCUGGUGGAGGACGUGCAGAGACUGCAGGCCAGCCUGAGCAAACUGCGCGACACUUCAGCCAGCCAGAUCAGCCAGCUGGAACAGCAGCUCAGCACCAAGAACUCCACACUCAAGCAACUGGAGGAGAAGCUGAAGGGACAGGGUGACUAUGAAGAAGUCAAGAAGGAGCUGAAUAUCUUGAAGUCUAUGGAGUUUGUACCGUCUGAAAGUUAUGCUACACAGGAUGCGUCGAAGCCGCUGGAGGUGCUGCUGCUGGAGAAGAACCGUGCCCUGCAGUCCGAGAGCACCACCCUGCGCAUUGCCAACAGCGAGCUGAGCGGGUCGGCCGGGAGGAAAGGGAAAGAGCCAACACCGGAAGCAAGCCAGCGUGCCGUCACCAGCACUUCCACCAAAGCCGCUGCCAUCCUUCAAGCCUCCCCUCCCCCCUCCCAGCUGCUACGGGUGUCUGCCAACCACAGCACUGGCGCUGCAGAGCAGGCCUCCAGCGCCAACGGCACCCACCAAUUCUCGCCCACCGGAAUCGGACAGGAUUUUUUUGGGUCCUCCCUGGCUGGCACAGCCACUGGUUUCCCUCUGGCGGGGAAGGUGGCCCUGAACUCCCUCCUUCAGCGCCAGCUCAUGCAGACUUUCUACUCCAAGGCCCUCCAGGAGUCUAGUGCAGGCACCCCCACCAUGCUCUUUUCCCCCGGGCAUUACAGCACAAACUCCCUCUCCGCCAGCCCCCUCCAGCAGCAGCAGCAGCAGCAGCAGCAGUCCGGCAGCCCGGAUGUCAAUGGCAUGGCUCCCUCCCCAUGCCAGUCUGAGGGCGCGGGCAGCGUCUCCGAGGGCGAGGACAUGGACACUGCGGAGAUCGCCCGUCAGGUCAAGGAGCAGCUCAUCAAGCACAACAUCGGGCAGCGCAUCUUCGGACACUACGUGCUGGGCCUGUCCCAAGGCUCGGUCAGCGAGAUCCUGGCCCGGCCCAAGCCCUGGAACAAGCUGACCAUCCGCGGCAAGGAGCCCUUCCACAAGAUGAAGCAGUUCCUGUCCGACGAGCAGAACAUCCUAGCACUGCGCAGCAUCCAGGGCCGACAGAGAGAGAAUCCAGGCCAGAACCUGAACAGAGUAUUUCAAGAGCUACCGAAAAGAAGAAAUGGCUCGGAAGGGAACAUUACAACCCGGAUCCGAACCUCGGAGAGCGGGUCUGACGAGGCCAUCAAGUCCAUCCUGGAGCAAGCCAAGAGGGAGCUGCAGGUGCAGAAAACAGUGGAGCCCUCCCAGCCUCCUCCCCCCUCCAGCAGUGUAUCAGGGGGCAGCAUCGGCAGCUCUGACGAGGCUAUCCGCUCAAUCCUGGAGCAGGCCCGGCGUGAGAUGGAGGCCCAGCAGGCUGCUUUAGAGCCUGUCCUCAAAGCCACGCCCAUCUCCCAAGCCGACCUAUCACUGCUGUCUCCCAAGCUGCUGACCUCUGCCUCCCUGACGGCUGUCCCCACCUUCUCCCCGCUGGCCUUGUCCCUGAAAAAGGGCCCUGGCUCCUCCUCCAUCCUGGACUUCCACUCCGGAGGCUCCAUCAAGAAAGAGAACGCAGAGUCGUCCAUCGCAGAGCUACAUGGCAUCACCGACGGAGGCCCUAAGCAAGGCAAGAAUGCAGAGAGCGGGCGUGGGGGCUCCUGGAGGGACCAGUGGUGGAGCACCAUGCACUCCGAGAGGCGGAGCGCACCCCCUACUGGAGACGAGAGCCGCCAACAGGAGGAAAGCAAAGAGAAGCCCCCCCGGCUGGCAGGGUCCUCGACCGCCCCCUCCUCCUCUUCAGACUACUGGAAGGACUGGCCCAGCGCCGAGUCUCCCUACUCCCAGGGCUCAGAGCUGAGCAUGCAGGGAGCCAGCCGCAGCGAGACCCCCCAGAGCAGCCCCCUGCCCUCCUCCCCGCUGCUGCCCCUCGGCAAGCCUGCCAAGCCGGCCGUGCCCCCGCUCACCCCUGAGCAGUACGAGUUCUACAUGUACCAGGAGGUGGACACGCUGGAGCUCACCAGGCAGGUCAAGGACAAGUUGGCCAAGAACGGCAUCUGCCAGCGCAUCUUCGGAGAAAAGGUUCUGGGUCUGUCUCAGGGGAGUGUGAGUGAUAUGCUGUCCCGGCCCAAGCCCUGGAGCAAGCUGACCCAGAAAGGUCGGGAGCCCUUCAUCCGCAUGCAGCUGUGGCUCAAUGGGGAGCUUGGCCAGAAUGUGCUCCCCCUGCAGGGCCAGCCGCAAGAGAGCACUCCCAAGACAUCAGCAAGCUGCAGCCCAGCGCCUGAGUCUCCCCUGAGCUCGGGAGGGGAGUCCAUGAAGAGCCUGGGAGAGACGGCCCCCCAGCCCCCUGCCCCGGAGCCCAGCGAGCCAUCUGAGUCCCAGCCUGGCACGCCACUGCCCGCCCCUGGACACUCCGGACUCGGCAUCCAGGAGAUGGUGGCCAUGUCCCCCGAGCUGGACACCUAUGUCAUCACCAAGAAGGUCAAAGAGGUGCUGACCGACAACAACCUGGGGCAGCGGCUGUUUGGGGAGACCAUCCUAGGCCUGACCCAGGGCUCUGUCUCGGACCUCCUGGCCCGACCCAAGCCCUGGCACAAGCUGAGCCUGAAGGGGAGGGAGCCCUUUGUGCGCAUGCAGCUCUGGCUAAGUGACCCGCACAACGUCGAGAAGCUCAUGGACAUGAAGCGCAUGGAGAAGAAAGCAUACAUGAAGCGGCGCCACAGCUCUGUGAGUGACAGUCAGCCGAGUGACAGCAACCUGGCCGGCCUGGACUACAGCCAGGGGGCCAGUCCCCAGCAUCAGCAGCACCACCUCAAGAAGCCCCGUGUGGUCCUGGCACCAGAGGAGAAAGAGGCCCUGAAACGAGCCUACCAGCAGAAACCAUACCCCUCCCCCAAAACCAUCGAGGAGCUUGCGAGCCAACUCAACCUCAAGACCAGCACCGUCAUUAACUGGUUCCACAACUACAGGUCCCGGAUCCGCAGAGAACUGUUUAUUGAGGAGAUCCAGGCUGGCAAUCAGACAGCAGGGGGCGAGAGCGGCUCUCCCUCAGCGCGGGGCUGCAAGGCGGGGGGAGAGGGGGACAGCUGCGACGGCACUGAGUCCGACGGCACAGUGGAGGGUCGGCCAGGGGGCUCCCUCGGUCCGGAGGAGUACGGGGGGGCCUCAGAGGGGGAGGGGGCUGACCCCAGGGAGGAGGGGGGGCCCGAGACCCCUGCACGCUCCCCCACCUCCCAGGACGCCACUACCUCAGCCUCCAGCGCGCCAGGCACCAGUGGCCACAAGGGCAGCGCCAUCCAGAGCGUAUUCAGCUUCCCCGACACAGCGACAGCCACCGCAAGGAAUCCUAGGGACAGCAGCCUGCGCAAGAAGAAAGCAGCCAACCUGAACAACAUCAUCCACCGCUUGGAGAAAGCAGCCAGCCGCGAGGAGCCAUCCGAGUGGGAGUUCUGAAGCUCGCUAGGGUUGUUAGCGGGUUUUUUGUUUGUUUUUUUUGCCGCAGCCCGGCAGUUCAAGAGAAGAAAAAGCAAAAGGUCAUUUUGGAUUCCUGGGUGGGAUUCUACUUGGACCUCAUCUGGUUUUAUUCUCAAAAGCACUUACUAAAGCCCUGCUGGCCACAGGGCCCAAACACCAUAGGCCAAUGGUGCAAAAAAUAUAUAUAAGAAGAAACAAAAAGAAAAGGAGAACCAGAGACUUAAAGGAGCAUUAAAACCCAGGAGUCUGCGCAGUUUCAAAAGGACGAAAACUUUUUUAAAUUUUUUUUUCAGAGGUAUUUAACCCUCUCAAAGUGUUUUUAAUACCGUCUCCUGAGUGAAUUAUUUUCACGCUGUCAAGCUGAAUAACUGUUACAACUUUUGCCUUGUGCGUGUGUGUGUGUGUGUGUGUGUGUGUGUGUGUGUGUGUGUGUGUGUUUGUGUGUGUGUGUGUGUAAUUUGGGUCCUUUUUUUGUGCUCGGAUGUAAGCACGAAAAACUAAAGAAGACAAUUCCAGAGCAAGUCCCGAGCAUUAAACAAGGAAUGGGAGGGGUGUGGAACAGGAGUCUCUACACCCCCCCGCCCCCCACCUCCUUCCUCUCCUUCAGAUUUUUUUUUUCCUGAAACAGCCAUCUGAUGGCUCCGGAGUUCCAUCACACUAUAACGACUUUUGAGAAAAAAAAACGAAAAUAAGAACAGGAACAACAAAAAAAAAAAAAGAAAAAAUGACAUUUUGUAGCUGUUUGGUUGCCACUAAGAGAUUGCACAGUCGGCCGACUCUAAACACACUAGUUUGGAUUCCUAGAUAUUUUGGGGGAGGGGGGGGUUGCUGUUUUCAACUUUUGAAAGGAAAAAAAGAAGACACGUUUAAUUUCACUUAUU